UUUAUAAGUGUGCAUGAAAGAAAAAAUAUUACAUCCAUAGCCCUUCCCCUUUGAGCUGGUGCAAUUUAAAGCAAAUAGUGCAUAGUUCGAAGCCAUAAUAAACAUUGAUAUCGAUUCUUUUAUCUCUUGGGUGGGUAUUUACAAGGAGUGCUGAAUACGAAAGUACUUAUUUCGGUACAGUUAUACUCCGAAUUCGAAAUUAUACGAACAUAAAUGUAAACACUGGUUCAGAAAAUCGCUCGGCACACACAACUUAUUAUUGUUAUUAUUAUUAUUAUUAUUAUUAUUAAAGUUCGUUAAAACUGUCAUACGCAUAGCUUGCAACAACGAGGAAGCCACACUUCAAAUAAUCGGCACACGACUGACUGUUCACACUGUCGUAACGAUGCAGAACAUGCUGGCUAGCACGUAGCUACUGAGAUUCAAGUAUAAAACUGGGUCUUCUGGCGGAGGGACGUACACUUUGCUAUAAACAAAGAAAUUCAUAAAAGUGAAAUCCGCAGGUGAUGGAUGGCAUGCAGAUGAACACCCUCGCUACUCAGGACUAUCAGAAGGAAGAGAUUGCCCGGCAGUUCAUGCUGCCGGAAAGAAAGUCAAAGAUAGCCACGCUGCUAAAACAAGAUGGUCAGGCGUACUGUAUCUGCCGGUCAUCGGAUUCGUCCCGGUUCAUGAUAGGAUGUGACAACUGUGAAGAGUGGUAUCAUGGUGACUGUAUUCGCAUCACAGAGAAGGAGUCCAAAUACAUCAAGCAGUUUUUUUGUGUGCGUUGCCGAGAAGAGGACCCAACUUUGGUGACAAAAUAUAAACCAAGAAAACGGGAGGGUGAGCGAACUACACCUGGUACAGAAGAACGGAAGGCAAAGAGAAGAAAGGAUAAACUGGACUCAUGUGAAAUUUUGGAGGACAACAAUAUAAAGCCUUUGCCAUUGUCAUCCCCUUUGAAACGUUGUGGGAAGUGUCUGGGGUGCUAUCGCACAGACGACUGUGGGCGAUGUGAUGGCUGCCGUUCUGCUAAUAGAGCACGGCACAAGUGUCGGCAGCGUCAGUGUCUCAACAAUAUCCUUCAGGAUGUGGAUCAGUCCCAAAAGGUACGCCAGUCAUCAUCAGUGCGUCGCAAAAGGAAGGACUCAAGCUCAGAUGGUGGGGAGCGCUGGGGAGGUGCCGGAUCUCGCUGGCUCCAAUCUGAUAAACCACGUCAGUGUUACGGGCCAGCAUGUGUUCGGGCAGCCCGCCCAGGUAGUAAAUAUUGCAGUGAUGACUGUGGCUUGAAACUGGCCACCAACAGAAUCUACCAGGUGUUACCCCAGAGAAUCCAGGAGUGGGCACUGUCCCCAUGUGCAGCUGAAGAAAGUAAUAAACGUGCACUGGAGAGCGUACGCAAACACCAGCUGGAAGUGCGGAGGAUCCUACAGGAACUGGACAAGAGACAUAAGGAACUGGAUGCAAUAAUCGAGCGAGCCAAAAUGGCAACAGUAGAAUUACGCAGUGAGGAAGAUUCUGAGGAUGAAGGAGAGAUGAGCAUGUACUGCAUCACCUGCGGUCAUGAAAUUCACUCACGAAUGGCCAUCAAACACAUGGAGAAAUGUUUCAAUAAGUAUGAAAGUCAGUCAUCGUUCGGCUCAAUAUACAAGACACGUAUUGAGGGAAAUAACAUGUUCUGUGACUAUUACAACCCCUCAAGCCGCACAUAUUGUAAGCGUCUCCGUGUUCUCUGUCCUGAGCAUAGUAAAGACCCUAAAGUGAAUGACACAGAGGUAUGUGGCUGUCCACUGGUGACCAAUGUGUUUGACCUCACUGGGGAAUUCUGCCGAGCUCCCAAGAAAAGCUGCUUGAAGCACUACUGCUGGGAAAAGCUGAGAAGGGCUGAGAUUGACAUGGAGAGAGUAAGGCAGUGGCUGAAGAUAGACGAAUUAAUUGAGCAAGAGCGACAGAUACGUCACUUGAUGGCAAGCAGAGCUGGUGUAUUAGCUCUUAUGCUUCAUUCAACAUAUAAUCAUGACCUUAUGGAACAGAUGACUUCAGCACAGGACCAACAGCAGUUAGCAGCAAUGGAGGAAGAAAUGCAACGUAGGUAUGGACAGCAGCAGCAGCAGCAGCAGCAGCAACAGCGACAUCUGUGCUUCUAAAUUUCUCUACCGUCUGUGAAUAACUUGUUCAAUAAUAUUGUACUUGAGCAUCGUGUUCCAUUAAUAUAUCUUUUUUUACACGUAUGUAUCCGUCUUAAAUGCAACUUGUUAUCGAGCCACCCUUCUUCCUCACUACAUGCUUCAGCCACAUAUGGCCAUCAUCAGGUGUUUGUCUGUCUUGCUAAAACUGAUGCACUGUAUGUCAAAAUGAUGUAUUGUGUGUGAAUGCAAUAUUGUCUAAUUAAAAUGAAUUAACCUUUAAUUAAAAUUAAUUAACAUCUUAAUGUUUUUCAUUGUGGUUAUUGUCCACUUGUUUAAAAACUAUUUGAGUAUUUCUCAUUUUGGAUUUAAUUGUACUGCAUUCUCGUUGUGGUGUCGGUAUUUGUGUUAUUUGUGCAGUUUGUAAGGAUGUCGAUGUAGUGUUAUCAGUUUUGGUAUGUAUGCACCAUUGGCUAUAAGUUUCUCCAUGCUGCUAGACUAGUUAUGUUGUGAAGUGGUUGUUGUGUGUAGAUAUUUUGACAUACAAUGCAACAGUUUUAGCAAGAUAUACAACACCUGAUGAUCGUUGUAAGCGGACAAAACAUGUAGUUAGGAAGAAGGGUGACUAGAUUAUAAGUUACAUUUAAAUGGAAAUAUAUGUGUACAAAAAACGUUGUUUCAGCUUUGUACAGUAACUGAAAUAAAGUAUGUUUAUAGACUCAGAAAA